CCUUAACCUUUCUCCUAAUUAACAGAUUCAUUAUGAAUCUUACGUGUAAUUUGAAACCGCCCAUGUCCAACUAUCCUUAUCGGACAUGUGUCAUGUUCCAAAGCCUUCCCUUCUCUUUUUAAUUAUCUCCGCCUCUUAUAAUAUUCCUUUCUCUUACAAAAAGUUGGCGAAGCUUCAAAACCCUUCAAGAGAACAACUUUGCAGAAGACAAGAAACCAUCUAUUUUUGGAUUUUCUUUUUGACAUUAUAUGUUUGUUGAAUCUUUAUCAAUGACAACGAAGUUUGGAGAAGAUGAGAAUGUGGACGUCGAGCUAGAGCUAUGUCUUUCCCUGGGAGGUCCUUUCAAGAAAACAGAGAAAUCUAAACCAAUAGGACCAUCUAACGCCGUCGAAUGCGCAAAGGGUACCGGCGUUAAUCUUGAGGAUGAAACGACGAAUGUGACGAGGAUAAAGGAAACGCGGAAGAAGCGGGAGGCGAAGCAGCAGCAGAGAAGCGGAGAAGAAGAAGAGUGCAAGAGGAUGAGAACAGAAUGUAACGGAGUUACUAACGGCGAGGAUAUGGAUUUGAGCUUUAGCAAAAUGGGUAACGGUUACGGGUCGGGUCAACUUAAGGAAAACCGUAAAGACGUUACGAUUGGGUCACCCAUUUGCACCUCCUCCGACGUAUCCGAUCCCAGCAGCUCUUCUCGCCACGAAGGUGGAAGUGGCGAUAUUGGGGCACAAUCUGGCCAAACCAAACCGGUUGGACCUCCGGUUAACAACAUUGGGAUUGGUACAGAGCAAACCGUGCAUAGCACAGACGGUUCAAAAGAUGCGGUGGUAGUGGAGACCCAAGCAUUGUCCAACUCUGUAACCAAAAAGACUGGGAAGCCACCAAAACCGCAUACCAACAGUACCGGUAACGGCAGUUUGCUUCCGUUUGCUCAGAUGCCUUGCGUGACUAGCACCGGCAACGGUCCCGAGGGCAAAACCGUAAAUGGCUUUCUAUACCGGUACUCAAAAUCAGAGAUCAGUAUAAUCUGUGUCUGCCAUGGAACGUCUUUCUCGCCGGCUGAGUUCAUCGUUCACGCCGGUGGGACUAAUGUGUCACAGCCGUUGAGGCAUAUAACUGUUGUUCCCUCAACUUUGUGAACUACAGUUUCACUUUCAUCUUUAUACUCUUUGUCUUGUGUUUUUUACUUUUUAUGUAUAUAUGUUUCACUGAUGGACAUUUUGAGUUUCAUCUCUUUCGGUGGUUUCUUAGAUUUUUGUUUUUUCUUCUUAACAUUUUUCAACUAAUUUAACACUUAAUUUUGUUGCAUUGUCACGUCUUCUUAACGCAUUAGUAAAAAUGAAGAAUUCGUAGUUA